AGUAGGAAGAACACACAGGAAAAACAGCCCAUAUAAGAGCACUAUGGAAUGAGUUUUUAAGCUAUGGACUCAGACCCCACAAGGUUCACUGGCCUCGGGGGUUUGCUACUGGCAGAGCAGUGAGGGGACGACGUCACCGGCGAGCAAAGCCCGGUGGGCUGCAGCAGGAACAGACCCCGAGCCUGCAGGAGGCCACAGUGGGAAUGGGCCGGGAUGGUUUGAAGCCAGCGUCCCAGCAGAGAAUGAUGCAGAAGGCGGUUAAGUGGGCCAGCGCUGGGUUACGGAGGGAUUCGAACACUAGCCGAGCCGUGUGACCUGGCCCCCAAGCAGGGGGCCCACCCCGGUGACCUCAGGGCAGCCCUGUGCAGGGCCAGUUCGGAGGAGCAAGGAUGUUCCUGCCUGUACCGGUCAGGCUGGGCUCGGUUCUGCUGCAGAGACAACCCUCGGCUCUCAGCGCUUAGAGCAACGAUGACUUAGCCGUCGUGCGGCCGCGGAGAGGGGCCGCUCUCCAGGGCGGGGGAUGGCCAGCGGUUGGGAGACUCCAGUCCAGAGACACCUCCGUGCCAGCCCCUGCUUCCCCCGCUGCCUCAGCAGGGGGAGGGGCACGGGGGAUCCCACGCCCGAUCCCCGAUCCCUAAAUUAAGUUCCGGCUUGUGGGCACAGGGCCCUCUCCUCCAAACCCUUCAUUUGGCCUGCAGGGACCCUCCAGCCAGAGAGGGAGGCGGCUUGAAGCCAGGCCACUGUGGCCGGCGGCAGCAGUCUAUUGGCCAGCAGGAGGGGGUGGGACCAUCCUCCUGGGUGAGUCCCCUGGGCCUGCCCUGCAACCGCUCCCAUGCGGGCGAGGGGACCUCAGAGAGGAGUCCUUGGCAUCACAGACCGUGCUACAGAGGUGGGGUGUAGGCCGCCGGCCCGGCCGUUCAGCUGAGCGGAGGACCGGAGGAGACGCUGGAAGAGGAAGGGGGGAAAGGACGGGAAGGGGAAGAGGUGGAAGGGAAAGGAGGCCGAGCAGAGAAAGGCAGGAGGCGCAGGGCCCGCCCAGGUCGGCCGGCACGGAGGCCGCACCGAUCAGCCUGCCUCCGCCCGCGGCCUCACCUUCCCUCCGGCCAGUCAGUGGGCAGGGCCAGCGGCCAGCGCAGGGCUCCCUCGCUCGCUCAGAGCGGCCCGCUUGCGGCCCCGCCGGCGUUGGCACGGUGACAGUAGCCAAGUGUGCAAACUUGUGCCAUUGUCCCCAGGCCAGGGGGAGCCAUGGAGACUGGCUAAUAUGACACAGGAAAAUGUUUGCUGAUGGCAAUUCUAUGGGCUUUGUCCACCUCUUUCUCCAUCAUGACGACUCGAUUUAAGUCCCUAACUGUUUGACUACAAAUGCAAGGGGACCGUGCAACGCCAGCCUUUUGUCCGGCCGCGCUGAAUGGGCAAUUCAGGCUUUGUGCAGCUCAAUUGAGGAAGCAAACAUAAAGACAAGAUUCCUGAGAGCUCCGGCUCCCUUCCCAUGGAUAUCCCAGCACCUCGUUAGGGAGUCCUUCCCCGGCUACCUUUCCCGACAUCAGCGAGCCGCCUGCCCUCACAGGCUGGCCAGUGGCCGGUGCCUCCGGGAGGGGGCUGGGAAGAGGGAGACAGAGACAGACAGAGACAGAGAGGGAGCGAGGAACGGGGCGGGAGGGGGAGAGGGAGAGACACUCAACACUCAAGGACAGAGGGGAAAGAGCCCGCCCCGGCUUACCCCGUCCGAUUGUCUGUCUGCACUGGGGCAUGGCAGCUGUAGGCCUGGAGUCUUUGGGGGAGGUAUGCAAGCCCAUCUCUUCUGGGCCCAGCCCCUCCUCAAUCCUGGACUUUUUAAACACACGCACGCACACACACAUGCACACACACACACACACACACACGCACACACACACACACGCACUGCCCCCUCGAGAAACCAGGGAACCGAGGUCAAGGGGAGGAGGGGCUGAAGGGUAGAAAUUUACCGGGAAAUGAUUGCAUUUGGGAGCUGUCUUUUUUGUGAUGGUCCCCAUGGUGACAAUUUGUGACGGCAAAGAAUGUGGGAACGGGGCGCUGCCGCCUGAUUGGGAUGCUUUGUAUCUGGAGAGGCGCUCCUGAUUGGCCUGAGGGGCCCCCCAGCGCCGGGGACUCGUCCUCCAUCCAGCCCACUCGAGGGCUGCACGACUGCUUCCAGCCGGACGCACGGAGCUCGCCGGCCACGCCGGGCCUGGCCCAGGUCUGCCGCGGGGAACCUGCCAGGCCACGUCGGCGGGGGGCCCGGGGCCGGCCCGCACCCUCGGUCAGCUCUGUGCCCUCCCCUGGAGCCGCCAGCCACGAGCAGAACCCACCCGCUUCAUGGAAAGCCCCAUGCAGUGGCCUCCUGGUGAUGGCAAACGACAGUGACGUAAAGAUGCUGCUGAACUUUGUGAACCUGGCGUCCAGUGACAUCAAGGCGGCCCUGGACAAGUCUGCACCCUGCCGCCGCUCGGUGGACCACCGCAAGUACCUGCAGAAGCAGCUCAAACGCUUCUCCCAGAAGUAUUCCCGGCUUCCUCGGGGCCUCCCCGGCAGAGGGGCGGAGCCUCACCUGAAAAGGGGACCCGAGGACCGGCCAGGGAGGCUGCCCCUCGAUUCUGGCCAUGAUUCCAGUCCCGGCGGGGGUGGGGGCUGCAAGGAGAAGGCUCUGGGGAACCCGUACAGGGAGGAAUGUCUCUCUAAGGAGCAGACCUUACAGGGGCAGAACCCAGAAGCUGCCAGGCCUGGCCAGGUGCCCAUGAGGAAAAGACAGCUGCCCGCUUCCUUCUGGGAAGAGCCUCGGGCCACCCACAGCUACCCGCUGGGGCUGGAGGGGGGGCCGGGCCCCAGGGAGGGACCUCCCUAUGAGGGUAAGAAACAUUGCAAAGGUUUGGAGCCCUUGGAUCCUGAGACGGCCCCAGUGCCGGCAUCCCCAAGGGCACCGGCUGAAAAGGAGCCACUCAAGAUGUCUGGGGUCUCCCUGGUGGGCCGUGUCAAUGCCUGGAGCUGCUGCCCCUUCCAGUACCAUGGACAGCCGGUCUACCCAGGUCCUCCAGGGGCCUUGCCCCAGAGCCCGGUCCCCGGCCUGAGCCUAUGGAGGAAAAGCCCGGCUUCCCCCGGGGAGCUGGCCCACUUCUGCAAGGAUGUGGAUGGGCCGGGGCAGAAAGUGUACAGACCCGUGGUCCUGAAGCCUAUCCCCACCAAGCCGGCUGUACCGCCACCCAUCUUCAAUGUCUUUGGCUACCUCUAGCCGGGCUGGGAGGCCCUCGGCUCCGACCUCUGGCCUGUAGGGGUGUUGCGGGCCCAGGGAGCUCUCCACUCGAGGAGCGAGCUGGGCAGUGGCGUGGCCUCUUGGGAACCUUCCCUUUGUGUGUGUGGAUGGGAGGGGAGGACAGGAUUGGGGCAGUGGCUUCUCCGGCAGGCGCCAAGUCAGCCCUUGCCUUGGGAGCCGUGGGGCCGGGCUCCGCCGGCCCCUCUCCAACCAGACCAGAGCCCGACAGAGCAUCCCACUGUCCUCGUGCCAGUCUGGCGCGGCGGGGCUUUGCCCCGGCCCGCCAGCCGCUCCAGAAGCCAGAGUUACACGUCUGUUCACCUGCCACCCACUAUGUAAGCCAAUCUCAGUUCUGUUCUUUUUGAGGUGUUUUUUUUUUUUUUUUUUUUUUUGUAAAUAUUAAGAAGGUUAAAAGAAUAAAGACAUUUCUUUUGCAGUUUCCACAUCUUGAUGUCCUGAGGUUGAAUGGUCCCCAGGUUAAGAAAUGCUGGCUGGGCCCGGGGAGAGGGCAGCUUAGGGAAGGCGGCUGGCUGUGGGGGUGGCCGGAAAAGACCCAAAGACCUCUGAGAACGGACACUGCGGGCCGGCAGCUCCACUCUAAGGAAGGAGGGUGGAGAGGAGUCACCGGGCAGUCACCUCUGCUUGCCAGGUCCAAGAACAGAGGGUGAGGGAAGCCCGUAUCUCCAGAUGGUCCCCAGUGCUCUAGAGAAUAAGGAGGCCGGUGCCAGAGGAGGUGGGGCUGGAGUCCCGGCUCUGCAAUGGGAUGUGGUGCUGGACCUUUCCUCCGGGGGCCUCCUUGCCCCACCUGCAGCGUGAGGGGUGGGAUGAGAGUGGUCCCCCUCUGCCAUGCCUUCCACUCUGAUUAUGGCCUCAGAGCAGAGGCUGGGCCAAGGCAAUCAUGCCCGACCCUGGCCAGAGAGAAAAUCAGGACACGCUGGAGCUUGGCCCCCUGUGGACAAGCCAAAAAAAAAAAAAAAAAAACUCUGGCUAAGUCAGAUUCCUGGGUAACCUGCUGAUGGCCCCCUUCCUGGGCCUGGCACAGAGCAGGGUGCUGGUGGCAGGGAGUGGCCCUGGGUCUUGCCCUGAUGCUGCCUAAAGGGCAAAGCCAUUGGAGAGGCAUGCGCCUCCAUACCGGCCCAGGGUCUGCCCUGCUGCGUGAACCUGCUCCGUGGCUGAGAGCACACAGACCUCAUCAAAGCACAGCUCUCACCACUGGGACAGGUGCAGGGCCAGCCCUGGCUGGGGACUGCAGCCCCCUAAUUAGCAGCAUGAUGCCGGAAAGGUCAUCUCCCUCUGUGCCUUGGUUUCCCCACUCUAUAAAGCCGGGGACUAGGUCAGUGAUAGCAAACUGAGGUACCUGCCAUUUCUGCACCCAAGGCAGGUGUCCUCAACUAGUCACAGUCACUCUCCCUCGGGGGAAUCCUUUCUAACACAAGGCUCCAGGAUUAGCGAUUGUGAAGGGCCCUUCCUACUCUGCCUGGUUUUGCUCUAGGAUUCCCCUGGAGUGGAGCAUCUCUAUGGGAGGGCGGCCUGCUCCCUGGGAAGCCAGUGGGUUUCUGGUAGUUUGUCUGAUGGUCUGGGAGGACUUGAGAGCCACGGAAGCCACGUGAUGCCGGCAGACUUGUUCUGAGUCGUUAUCCAGCACACAGGGUAGGGCAUCAGGACGCUCGCCGCCGGCCGCUCCGGUCUGCUCUGCCCCUCCACGCGGUACAGCAAGGUGUUAGAAGCUCUGAUCCACCUACCGGCUCUGUGACCUCGGGCAAGUUACUUAACCUCUCUGGGCCAAAACUUCCUUAUCAGAAAAAUAUGACCGAAAAUAGAUUGUCGUAGGGAUGAUGGGAGCACCUGGUACUCUUGAGUGUCACAGACCUGACAGAGAGCCGCACCCGCCAAAAGUCGCCUCCCCUAGUCAUCUGGGCCAUCCAACUGUCCUCCCCCCGGGGGAGGAACAGAGCCCAGGGAAGCGUGUUUUCUCAGAAAGCUGCCCCAGCCCCUCUUGGGCUCCUUUCCCCAGGGGACACCCUAGUGAUGCACGAAUACAAACGCAGGGAGGCUUGUCUGGAAGCAGAAACCUUUACUAAGGAGCGGCUGGACAGAAGCACACGGCUCCGGGACUCCCCAGGCAGAAGCAAGUUGGGGGCAAACACAUGUAGGACAGCUGUGGUUAAAAACAUACAGCCGCAGCAGAGGAUUCCCUGAACAAAAAAGUAAGUCGUGCUGGUUCAAAGUGAAACCCAGGAACUCACCUCCUAGCCUCACAUCUCCAGCACUAACGUCCCACGUGCUGUGCGCACAAACCGGAACCACUUGCAGGAUUUUUAGUGUUUGGUGAUGCUGUUGAGACAUCUCUGCGGCCCAAGUAUGGGGGUGGGGGAGGAGGGCUCUGCAGAGGGCUGUGGCUCCAAAGUCGUUCUCUGGAGCAGCGGUGGUCAAGAAAUGGAACAACCAAGCACAACCCGAGCACCGGCCAAUCACAACCGACCCUUGGGAACAGGCCCCAGCCCAGGCCUUAAUCCUUAAGCUUCUGGGUUGGGGGGCGGGUGUGGGGGGUGGAAUAGGGGCCGGGAUCUGAGAAGGCCAAGGCUGGGGAGAGACACCUGGCGAGGAGGAGCCCUGACCAGUGCCUGUGACCAACCAGUACUGACGAGCACUCGUAUUCUAAGAACCCAGUGCCUCCCAGCAUCCCAAGAAGGUGUCCCAACCAUGCCCACCUGAAAAUGGGCUGGGGGCUCCCGAAAAUGCCUGGCUUCCCCCACAGAGCCACGUGAGGAUCCCGGGGGGCAGCAGAGGGGACAAGGCUUCGUGCCUCCGGUUCGGUGCCUUUGCAGGGGUUGACAGUGGCCACCCCUCCAGCACCUUCGCUCACGGUGGCCCGUAUUCAGAUUUCUUUUCCUUCCUGGUAUCUCAAGUUUUGUGGCAAACGGGUGAGCAGGACGCGAGGACAAGCUGCCAGGAAACGUGUGUGCGAGGCCAUCCCAGGUGUCAGGAGGCUUGUAGACACGGAGCCCUGUUUGCGAUGCUGCUCCCGUUUCCACGGUGAUUGAAGCAGGACAGAAAAACCAACCCCAGGCCGCUCCGCUCACAGAGCAGGAAGCUGCCCCCUCUCCUCCAGCUGCCGGCUCUCCUGUGGCUUUCAGAAGCCCAAAGGUGUCGUGCACCCUGUCCCAGCACCUGCCCCACCCCUACACCCGCCAAGAGCAGCGCCGAAGACCCCAGGCCCUGUGGGAAGGAGGGGGUCGGGCGAGAGGGACCUCGCGGGGCAAGGUGUCAUCUGUGCAACGUUUAUUGUACUUGACAAGUGGGUCCCCCACCCACCCCCGCCGGAUCACACCUCCAGGAAAAAAACUCAGGAGUCAAGUGGAGAGUUUUACAGA